AAUAAUAAGCCCGCCCGCAACAGCUGCUCGCCGUCUCUUUUGCUCCCCCUUCCGACACCAAUUCUCCUCCGCCGAACAAUUCUUCUCCACAAUUCUUCGUAGCACACCACCUCCCUCUCGCCCGGCUCUUCGCGAUUCUUCUCCUCCGCCCCUCUGAAAACGGGCAGAACUGCAGAGCCGCAGAAAGCGAUUUCAGUUCUGCGACGACAGCGCACAGGUGCCAUUCGGAAAGUGCGGACGUAGAAUGUUUGCCGGGGAAUCCGCAGUCAUUUUCACCUCUAAAUCCGGUGGAAUUUGUCCGGACGCCAGCGUUAGUAACGAGUUAAUACGGGACCUCGGCUUUAAAUCGUUUUCCAUCACAUUUACCCAACACUCUCAACUAGUUACUUAGAUCUAACCCUUAUCAAUCUUCCCACUAACUCUGUUUCCUAAUAAAUCAGCGCAUUCUUAUCUAUAGCUCUAACUUCUCCCUAUCUCUCUACCUCCUUUAACUCAUUCUGAUAAAAUUCUUUCAUAUUUCAACUUCAUUUUUACCAACUUCAUUAUCACUUCUAUUCCUACUCUCUACACAUUCCUUCCCAAACUUACUUGGGUUGUAUUUAUAAACUCUGUCCUUAUCACUGUUUCUAAAUCAUUGUUCCCUUUAACACUGUCCCUUAUAUUCUUAAAUUACCUUCUUUUCUAAAGUAAAACUGCUUCCUUUUUCCCUCGCCUGCUAUACUCCUUACACUCAACCCCUUGCCAAACCCCUUCCCAACCCCUUCCAAAACCCCUUCCCCGCCUUACCCGUGAUCCAACCAUCAUCCAUGUGAGAUGAGUGCGUGCGACGGUUCGGGAACGGUUUCGCGAACGUCUGACGCCCCCGCUUUCCAAUUCGAUGUCAUGCCAAAGAUAACGACGCCGCCGUCGACGGUGACGCCUAUGCUGGCGUCGGCAGCGCGGGCGAAAACGACGAGAGCGGUUAAAAUUGAAAAUAAAUGGCCGGCGGCAGAGGCAACGGCGUUCAGUUAUCAGCGAGCAGCGGAGCAGAUAGGAGCUAAAGCCAAAGCCAGUGCCACAGCCAGAGCUAAAGCGACAACACCCACCCAGGAACCGCAGACGAAUCCGCAAACUGGACUAAACGAGAUCUUCGCUGGUAAUCCAUGUGAAGAGCUCUCCAACAAGUUGGCCCUUCGCAAGGCUCAAUUGAAGGCGGCCUUUUUUGACACCAAACAAGUGGAUAGUAACACCUGCAGAAGCCCUACGUACGGAAGCACUUAUAGAAGCACUUACGGCAGCACCGCUUACCGCACCAAUUACCCCAGCUGCAAGACGGAACCAGGCAAGCCGGUGCAACAGCUGAUCGAUCAGUUCCAGGCCAUGAUUGUCCAGCAGCAACAGCUGAACGAGGGGGAGCCCAAGACAGUGGCCGGAGCCACUGCCUCCAAUUCGGACGAGGGUUGCAAUGUAACCGGCGGUGGCUUGAGUCCAUAUAGCAGUGACAACGAGGAUAACACCUUGUCGCCACCCCAGCGGAAGCUAAGGGUCACACGCUGUGCCAGCAGUGACUCUGCUCUGGGUCUGGAUGUGGACGAUGUCUGCAUGGAUGUGGGUAUGAUACCAUCACCUCAGCGAAGGAACACACUAACCGUUACGGAUUUGCCACUGCGACCGGCUCUCCUGCCACUGGCCGAACCCACAGCCCUGCCAGAUUCACCACUGACAUCGCCCACCGGCGGCGCCCAAUCCAUUGUGGGUGUGCCCACAAAGGUUCUGCUGGAGGAGCGGGUGGUGGCCGCCCCGGGAUCGAGACGCGAGUCCACCCAGAGCGUCUAUAGCGAACUGGGGGGUAGUGGACUGCCCCUGGGAGUGCGCUACGUACGCACCCCCUCCGUGGUGGUCAGCGACUACUCCGAUGACAUAACCGCCUGCGGCAUCAGCAUGGAGGAGAUGGAGUACUUUCGUCUGCAGCGAGCGCGUUGCCAACGUCGCUGCUCCCUGGAAGCGGGACAUGGUCAUGGCGGCGGAGCCCAUGGACAUGGACAUGGAGGACAUGGAGGACAUGGAGGACAUGGAGGAUCGGGAGCGGUGGGAAUGGCGCCGGGAUGCGCCAAGGACGAAAACCAGUCGGAUGUCAGUGCGGCAAGCAGUUGCAGCAACCUGUACUAUUGUGGCUCCACCAUAUCCGCCCUAGACGGUGGCGAGUGCAUUGUGAAUGGAGUCCGUGUGGCGUUGGCCAGGAAGAGCAGCACCCAAAGCAGCAGCCUCAGCGGCGAGGAGGAGGAGGAGGAGGAUGGCGACGAGGAGGAGGAGGAGGAGGAGGAGGAUCGCGAUGUGGAGGAUCUCGAUCGCGAUCGCGACGAGGAGGAGCUGCUCCAGCAGGAUGACUACGAGCGGGGGGAUCGCGACCGCGAACGCGAGCGGGAGCGACAGAUCAGCGAGCUCCUGGCCGCCACGCAGCUUGGCGAUCGCCAGCGGGAUCGAUCCAAGAAGAGCUCCGGCUGGCGGAAGAUCCGCAACAUCGUCCAGUGGACGCCCUUCUUCCAGACGUACAAGAAGCAGCGAUACCCAUGGGUCCAGCUGGCCGGACAUCAGGGCAACUUCAAGGCGGGUCCCGAACCGGGCACCGUGCUCAAGAAGUUGUGCCCCAAGGAGGAGGAGUGCUUCCAGAUCCUCAUGCAGGAUCUGCUCAGGCCCUAUGUGCCCGUUUACAAGGGCCAGGUGACCAGCGAGGAUGGCGAACUUUACCUGCAGCUUCAGGAUCUCCUCAGUGACUACGUACAGCCGUGCGUAAUGGACUGCAAAGUGGGCGUUCGCACCUAUUUGGAGGAGGAGCUGUCCAAGGCCAAGGAGAAGCCCAAGUUGCGCAAGGACAUGUACGACAAGAUGAUACAGAUUGAUAGCCAAGCCCCCACCGCCGAGGAGCAUGCGGCGAAGGCGGUGACCAAGCCACGAUAUAUGGUCUGGCGGGAGACCAUCUCCAGCACAGCCACGCUGGGAUUCCGCAUCGAGGGCAUCAAGAAAAGCGAUGGCACCAGUUCCAAAGAUUUCAAAACGACGAAGUCACGCGAACAAAUCAAGUUGGCCUUUGUCGAGUUCCUCAGCGGCCAUCCCCACAUUCUUCCCCGAUACAUCCAGCGUUUGCGUGCGAUAAGGGCCACUCUGGCGGUAUCGGAGUUCUUCCAGACCCACGAGGUCAUCGGCAGCUCCCUGCUCUUCGUCCACGAUCAGACCCACGCCAGUAUCUGGCUGAUCGACUUCGCCAAGACGGUGGAGUUACCGCCGCAACUGCGGAUCGAUCACUACUCAGCCUGGAAGGUGGGCAACCACGAGGAUGGUUAUCUCAUCGGGAUCAACAAUCUCAUCGAUAUCUUUGUGGAGCUGCAGGCAUCUAUGAAUGCGGACGCAUCCAUUCCAUCGCCAAUUUCUGGCGGGGAUUAUGAAAAAGAAGAGCCAGGAGAAUGCAAGCCCUGAAGGAAAUUCUUUUUUUUUACGGGGUUUUGGGGCUGGGCCCCAAGGCAAUGACAUUUCCACUUCCCGAAUCGAUUAAUCCCCAAUUCCUAGCAUAAGUGACCUACUUUUUUUUGUUUUUUUUUUUACAACAAUUUGCUUUUAUUUAACCCCUUAAGUUUAAAAUCAAAGACUGAAACCACAAUAGGCAUAUACAUACACAUACAUACUUUUAUUAUAUAAUAUACGCCUACGUAUAUAGGAAAUAUAUAGCCGUAUAUGUGCUGCUACUGUAGUGUAA